AUUGGCACUGAUAGGCGGCACUGAUGGGCACUGAUAGGCAGCAAUGAAGGGCACUGAUAGGCAGCAUUAAUGAGGUGGCAUGGAUAGGGUCGGACUGACAACUCAUGGGGCCCCCGGGCAAUAGGGGAUCAUGGGGCCCCUGUGUCCUUGCCCAAACUCAAAAAAGCCUAUGAAAAAGGUACCAGGGGCAUCUCAUGGGGCCCCCUUACUGACCCCGGGCCCUCGGGCAGUGCCCGAGUUUCCAAAUGGUCAGUCCACCCCUGGU